AUGGGCUUGAGUCUACAUCCCCAAAUCGAUAAUGGCCUAACCAAAGGCCAAACCAAUUUCCCCGGCGGCAAGCUCUACUGCCACUGCCCCAGCAACAAGGUCGAAGUCACCCUUGGGUCCGACAUCCUUCACAACCAUGCCUGCGGCUGCUCCAAGUGCUGGAAGCCCACCGGCUCCCUUUUCUCAGUUGUCGGCGUCAUCCCAGUUGACAAAGUGUCGGUCACCGCCAACAGCGACAAAUUGACCAUCAUUGACCCGGAGGCUGUGAUUCAGCGAAACGCCUGUUCUCAAUGUGGUGUUCACAUGUUUGGUCGUAUCCAUAAAGACCAUCCGUUUAAGGGGCUGGACUUUGUGCAUGCCGAGCUCUCCGACACAAAAGGGUGGCAGGAGCCGCAGUUUGCGGCCUUUGUGUCGAGUAUUAUCGAGCAAGGUUUUAAGCCGGAGGGGAUGGAUGAGGUACGUGGGAAGUUUGAGAGUGUGGGGUUGAAGACGUACGAUGCGUUGAGUCCGGCGUUGAUGGAUGCUAUUGCUACUUGGACUGCAAAGAAAGCGGGAAAGCUGUAA